AAUUUAAGUUAGAAAAGCUGGCUAGAAACAAGCCAAGCCAAGGCUGGGCCUUCAUAGGUAAGAAUAAGUCCCUGUGUAUUUAUCUGGGAGCUCGGGGCAGGUCCCCAAAGAGUAAAAAAAGCUUUCCCUUUUUAUCUCACCAACUCAGGUUCCACAAGCAUUUAUUGAUCCAGGUCUUGUUCUAGGAGCUGGGGAUACAGCAUGAGACAGGUUCUCCCUUCGACAGCUUUCGGGGACCCUUUUCAGAGUGGUGAAACCACAGGACCCGGGCACCCACGGUUUGGUCUGGUGUGAGAACCGUGGCGGCUCCUGGUUCUGUGUAAAUUACACUGUUUGUGUGGGUUGUCGCUAUUUUUCUCCGGAUCUGGUAGCUGUACCUUAUUCUCCGAGGUCCUCUCUUAUCCUGCAGACCCGUGCCUUCUCUCGGGGAUCAUAAGGUGUUCUUGCCUGCUCUGGCGGCUUUAGGCUGUCACUCUCUGAUCCGGGGUGUGGCCUCCUCCCAAUGGCAGGAAGCAGGGCAGGCAGAGAUGCUGCGUGCCGGGAACCCCCAGCGCAAAGGGAACACUAAAUUAUCGCAGCCCUCUGAGCGCGGGGGUGUCAGCGGUGGGGGUGGGAAGCUCCCAGCAGGGUCUGCUUCCUGUGUUGGGGAUGGGGAGGGGGCCGGGGCGGGGUCUAUCGGACAGAUCUGGGGGCAGCACCGCCUCCUAGGCCUAGAGCCGCGGUGUAAUCUGACUGGAACCCCGUGUGUAACAGUGCCUGUUUGUGGUGGCUUCCGUUUUAGAACCCUGGGGAGCGAAUUCUAUCCCUGCCCAAGGAGCAGGGCAAGACAGGACGCUCAGUCUGGGGUACCCGGGUCUCACUUGGUCACCAUGAGUAAUCAGGCGCGGACCCCCGCUCCCUCCCCGGCCCAGCCAAACACUCCAUCCCCGACACCAGCUCCCAUCCGAACCACGACCCCCGUCAGAACAGUCCCGGCUCACAACCCGACUCCGGUCCGAACUUCCACCCGGGGCCCGGUCUCGACCCCGGCCCACAACCAGACUCCGGCCCAAACCUCCACCCCGGUCCGGGCUCCUGCCCAGGUCCCGACCUCUCCUGCAGUCCGGUCCCCAACCCCAGCCCCAGCUCCAGCCCCACCCCCAGCCCCAGCUCCGCCCCCAACCCCAGCCCGGACCCCAGCACCGGUGCGGACUCCAGCACCAGUCCGGGCCCCAGCACCAGUGCGGACUCCAGCACCAGUCCGGGCCCCAGCACCAGUGCGGACCCCAGCACCAGUCCGGGCCCCAGCACUAGUGCGGACCCCAGCACCAGUCCGGCCCCCGAAACUAGCCCGAGUCUUUCCCGCGAUCCCUCCGGCGGAGUCCUUGCCGAGCUCGGCCUCACCCGGGGCUCAGCCCUCUUCUUCCAGGCGUGCUAGCUCUGUCUCAAAGGAUCCCAUGCUCGCUCAAAAGCAGGAACCUUCGACCCACAGACUAGCGGAGGCCAUCCAGGGUCCCCUUCCGGUGCUCACUGCCGCGGCCUCAAAGACACUGGCCUCCGUCCGGGACUCCACCACUCAGUUAGACUCCUUGGCUUCCAAUGCCGUGGCCUCCAGUGCACUGGGCCCCCCUCCGGACGCCAUCCCUGUACUGGAGUUCUUCGCCACCCAGCUAAGGGAGGCCCCUGCUCUGGGUCAGCUCCCCCCACUUUCCCCAUCACCCAGCUUCGUCUGCACCAAGGAGGUCGCCUCGACCAGCGAGAACGUCCCACCGGCCAACAGAACUUUGAUUCGUGUGAUAUACUGUGGCCUCUGAAGCUAUGGCCUUCGGUACAUCCUUCUGAGAAAGACCCUGGAGCAUCAAUUUCCAAACCUUCUGGAGUUUGAGGAGGAAAAGGCUUCCCAAGCAUCAGGAGAGUUUGAAGUGUUUGUGAACGGGAAGCUGGUUCAUUCCAAGAAGAAAGGUGAUGGGUUUGUGGAUGAGUCCAGUCUGAAGAAACUGAUGGGUGUUAUCGAUGAGGAGACCAAGAAAAGGUAGCAGCAGUAGUGGAGCUGGAGAUGAGUGAGGAGAGGAGCGCAAGGCCAGGAGCCGGUGUGAACGUAAGAACCUCAGCAGAAUGAAGAGAAGAGCUGAAAUACUGCCAAACCAGGCCCUUUUCUGAUGGUGGCUGGGGCUCCGGUGGGGUUGGGGAAAGUAAAGAAAGUGUAACCUGUU